AUCGCACAACCGGGCCGCGGCUCUUUCUUUCCUCCUUUCCUUCUUUCGCAUCGAUUCGCGGCGCGGAGGCCGCCUCGGCCCGUUAUCGAGCCCUUUCUACUCCGGAAAGCAGAACGGCGGCGGACGGUGGAUCGGCGCGGCACGGUGAGCGACGCCACCGCGGCAUGGCGAACGAGAUCGCUCGGUCUCUCUCUCGCACAUCCGUUUCGCGGAACAGCUGAUCUCCAGCGCUGUCGGGGGAGAGGAAAGCGGCAGCAGGGCACUCGCACACGCUAUUCCCCGGGUCCACGAGGGUGUCGGCACGCCGGGCGUAAUCGCGGCCUCCACGCGCCGCCCUGGAACGGCGGACGCGGCCAUGCGUCCGAAGAGAUCCGGAUCCCGGAAAAAUCAAUGCGCGGGGGUGCAGCAACGUGACAGCGCGUCGUGAAGCGCGACCGGGUUACCUGCCCGUCGACUAUGCGACCAACCGCGACAGGACACGCCGAGAUGUCGCAGGUUAUGUCACGUCUGGCGUGGUUGUAAACACGCGUUACCCCGUCGCAUCGAUCGUGUAAUGUAACGCAGCGUCGAUGAGGCGGCGCGACCUGAGGACCGACAAGAUGCUGAAGCUGGACGAGAUCGAGGGCGAGAACGUGCCCAAGAAGGCGAGGAAGACCGCGGAGGAGAAGAAGAGCAAGGGCCACAGGAAGAGCAAGCAUGCCAGUGGCAGCGGGCGGAAGCUACGGAGCAGCGUGGAGGCGGUGCCUCACAAGGUGGAGCCCCAGGAGGAGGAGACGCCGAUGGAUCUGCUGUACCUCGCCAAGAGCCCGUCCGGCGUGUCCUGCAAGAUCGAGCCGUCCGUCUCCAACGAGGACAAUUACAUCCUGAUGCCCCCCCUGGAUACUCUGGAGGACGCGGGAGUCAGGAUGGAGGAUCUGUUGGAACAGAGCAUGCACAAGAUCUCCAAGAAUCAAAAGAAUGGCAGGUGGAAGCACAGUUACAACAAGAUGGUGUACUUGCGCAAGUGCGCGGUCAACAGCGAUCAGUCGACGCAGGACGAGACCAGCCAGAGCACGUCCUCCGAGGAGCACGAGCGUAUCCCCAAGAUCGAGGAUAUCGCCUACGACAGCUCGGCCAAGAUCAAGAGGGACAAGAAGUGGGCGAAGAAGCUGAAUCCCCUUUCCCUGCACUACACGGAUAAGAAGAGAGCCUAUCUCAAGUGUCCCGCCUGCGGCGCGACGUUCUUCAGCCCGAAUACGUAUCAGAGGCACCUGCUCUCUCACUUGCACACGACGGCGGAGAACAAUUACAUGUGCAAUUUUUGUAAUUACUCCAACGCCGAGCCCGGAAUGUUAUUUGCUCACUUGACCAAGCAUCAGAACCAGUGCGAGUCCUGCAACGAGAGCUUGCUGCGCAAGGACAACUACGAGAAGCAUUAUCAGUGCUCGACCAGCAUGCUGGAGUACGGCCUGAAGCGCGAUCAUCACGAGAUGUUUGCCUGUGCGGCCUGCGAAUUGGUGUUCGAUCUCUUGGCUCAGCUGGAAAAGCACUGGUUCAAGCACACCUGCAAAAAGCAAAAGUCGUAUCAGUGCAACGAAUGCAGCGGCAUGUACGAGAACAUGGAGACCCUGAAGAAUCAUAUAUGCCUCAAGUGUCCCAUCUGCGGCGAGGUCUACGAGAGUCUCCACCGAUUGAAGAUACAUACCAUGUGGACGAAGCACAAUCUAAAGUGUCCGAUCUGUUCUUACGAAUUUAUUCUCUCGAUGGACCACGAGAAGCACAUGGCCCUGCACAGAAAAGUUUAUCAACCUAUGAAAGAUUACAUGCAUUGUUUGCGCGCGGCCGACGGCAAGACAUUUCAAUGCAAUCUCUGUGACAAAAUAUUUUACGCCUUGCCCGCUCUGCUCACGCAUCUCACGGAGGAUCACAACGUGGGGAAUGUCAAAGUGGAAGAGGAAGAGGAGGAGGAGGAGGAGGAGGAAGAAGAGAUCAUGGAAGACGACGCUUAUGAACUAAAGGGGGACGCUAUCGAUAUCGUUGUGGUUCCCGACUUUAAAGACUCGGACAGCUACUACGACAAUGAGAUCGACUCGUUGCAGCAGGAAACCGAUCUCUACGAUCCGUCAUAAAGACAAGAGAAUAUCGUUCGGGCUUAAGUCGUGAAAAUGGAAGCGGCAAACUUUUCCUAUGAACGGUCGGUUUUAGCUUUUACUGUCGAACACCUUCUCAGUCUCGUAAUAGUGAUACUAAAGUUGGACUGUCAAAUAAAACUGAUACAGUUGUAAGUGCCGUUUAUAGAUGUAACUCGUGCGCUAUUUUUAAAAAUGUAUCGUUUGCUUCAGGAUUUUUAUAUCAAUUUAUACCACAGAACGUUAAUUUUACACAGAACAUGUUACAUUCUUCUUCUGUCUGUUUUCUGUUAAGUAAAGUAGAGAUGAUAAUUAAACACAUAUAUUAGCGAUCCGAAAGUAGACGAGGAGGAAAAUAGGUACAGAGCAGAUAAUCGUGAAACGAUCGAGCAGGUAUUUUCUGAUGAACUUAACGAAUUCGAUCGUCUGCACUACUCCGCGCUGAUGUACUAAAAACCAUUGUAUUAUACUUCAAAUUAUUCAAAUAAAAACAUGGUUCAGUGGCAGAAUACUCGCCUGCCACAAUUAGAAUACAUGUCAAAAUACUUUUGCAUUUGUAUAAUUUCACGUAUAGUACAUUUUUCAACGCAUAUUGGUGCAGGAUAGUUAGUACGAUCGAAUUCUCUAUACGCUAUCAUCAGAAAAUUUAGGAACACAUUCAGAUAAACAAUUGUUAAUAGUCAUUGUGAUACCGACCCAUUUUUACAGCAACUUCAAAACUAGAAGCUGUAAUAAUUGUGGUGCUUAAUUAAUUUUAUGAAUUUAUAUCUCUUUAAUCGAAUUCGCUGUUUGUUAGCGCGUUAAAGAAACUUUCUGCAAUCUUUGAUUAUCGCAUGUAGAGUUAUUAUGCGCAAUAGUAUAAUAGCAAUUAACAGAUUUGUCUCGCGUAUAUGCGAAUAAGGUUUGAGCCUGGAAAAUUUUGAAAGUUGACGUUCUACUGCCAUUGUUUACAGGUUCAAAUGAGAAUUUGUUUAUUCAGUAUUUGAUGUGCAAAGUGCAAUGUGACAAAUUUAAUUUAAAUAAUUAUUUAUUAGCCUUAGAUAUUGUAUAAUGUUAAAAUUUUUUAUUUAUAAUUAUACGUACGUUAUAUCCUUUAUUUUUAUUUGGGAAGAUGACAAAUUUUCUUUCUGAACUUGUACAUUUCUGUUUUGUGUUCCUAAAUUUUCCAAGCGGCGCAAGUCACUCUCCGCAGACUCUAAGUACGGAAUAAAUACAAAUUGAAAUUGUAAUGUAAAUACAUUCCGCUAUCACACGUGACGCUCACUUCAUGCGGAUUUCCCGUUCGACAAAUUGCAUCGCAGAUGCAAUGAAUUUUCUUACAGCCCGUAAAGAUAUAUAUAUAUACUGAUCACAUUAUUAGGUUUAAAUCUCGUCAUGUACAUUACGUAUAUGUCAAAUAAUGUAUGUUUAUGUAACAUUCUUUUAAUUAUUCCUAUAUUGAAAUAUAUUUAAAAAAAGCGAUAUUCCGAGCUAUCAGUCCUGCUGUAGCCUGAUCAUGGUAUCUCGCUACAAUUAGCUUCGUUAAUUUUAAUCAACUUUGAUUCGCGAAAUCUCUAGGCGUUUCCUAGAGAUUUAAUCAACGCGCGAGAGACCGUUCUCGCGACGAUCUAUACAGUAACGUGAGAAUCGCGGGGGCUAAACACGAUGGCAUUUAUAAACGCAUGUAAACACUCAAAAACAUCUCGCAGGGUUGUAUUUACGCGGGUCGUUUAAAUUCAUUCGUGCGUCAGGAAAUAUUUUGCAGCGUAUGUAAAUCUAAUGUCGUAGGCCUAUGCUAUUCUAGUUUCACAUCAAGAAUUUCUGCUCCGUUACACGUCCUGGAAAAUAAAUGUCCAUUAACAAUAUUUUCUUUCGUAUGAAUCAUCUCUUUUACGUUAUAUAUAUAUAUCAAAGCAGAGCAAGUAAAAUAGCAAUUCUCGUAGUCAUAGAUCAGGAUCGUUAUAUCUCUCAUUCUCUCUGUCAAUCGGCAUUUGAUUCGUAUGCAAUUUUAGAAAGAACAAAUACGAAGACGCUUGAAAAUCUCCAUUCUAUGAAAACAAGAAUUAAGUCUGUUGGUAAAAGAGAGUUAAGAACCGUGACGGGGUGUCUACAAUAAUUUUAUUAUACUAAUAAGCAAUACUAAUGAACAGACGUUUCGGUCUCUUUUUAGAUCAUCUUCAGUGUAAGAUAAAAAGAGAUCGCAACGCAUGUUUCAUUAAAAAUUAACAUUAGUGUAAACUGUGUUCCAAUGGUUUAAAAAGAGAAACGUCUAUUCAUUAGCAGUGUUCAUUGGUAUGAUAAAAUUAUUGAAAACCCCAACAUCCCAUCACGGUUCUUAACUCUCUUUUCCUAUCAGAUUUGUUUUUCUUCAGAGCCUUAAGCAUUUAUUAUUUACAAGAAUUAAGAUUCGCUGGGAUCGCUGAGCACACACAAUUAUUAUACAAUUACAUUAUAUAUCACGUAGACAUACAUAUAUAAUCGUCGAUCAUUCAUAUA